AUGAGUCUAUCAGCGAAAACUUUGUGCUUGUUCAUCUUAGCUCUUGUCGUCUCGGCUGUUGGAGGCGCCCCGGCGGCCCUUGGUGCUUCCUGCAGCUACACUUGUCAAACGGGUAACAGCUCUCUGACCCAGAAGACUGUUAGCAACUGCGACAGAGACUGUGCGCUGGACGUGCUCUGCCCCAGCAGCACUGUAUUCUUCUCAGAGUGUAUUGACUCGGUGACCUCUCUGAAGUAUUACCAAGUCAAGUAUCCGCUGGUUAGCUCCCGGUCGGAUGACACAAGCGCGUGCCCCUCAUCUAUUGAGGCCCGCGUCGAUACCAGCGGAAUAAUGCACGUUCCGUCUCUCUGCACGACGGGCUGCUUCCCUUGUGGCAUCCCAUAUACGAUUUCGUCCUCAACUUACGACUCGUCCGGAAACAAUUUCUUCACUGCGGAAGCUCAUUCGUCGGUUUUCGGCGUGGUUCCCAAGUGUUGCUCUCUGUCUGGACAGAUAUCCUUGAGCACAGGCCGUGUGACAUACGACUUUGAGGCAGUUCAUGACGUGGCAGUCUUGUUGUAUAUCUCCUCUGUGAGCGCGGUCUGCGCGUACGGAACAAGCUCCUACCAUGCAAUACCGGCAUAG